AUGAACAGGCUAUUCACUCGCUCCACAAUCCAAUCUUUUAAAAGAUUAGGAUCCACACAAAAAAGAUUCAUAAAUAAUGGACGUCCAAUUUUAAAAUCUGGUUUAUUAACAAAUCCAUUUUUAUUUUCUGGUGCUUUAAUUGGUGCUGGUUUAUUUACAUAUUAUGCAUUUGAUGCAAAAUCUUCAGUUCAUGAAUAUAUCAUAUGUCCAUUAAUUCGUAAUUUAACAGAUGCUGAAGAUGGUCAUAGAUUAGGUGUUUUUUUAAUGAGUUGGGGUAUUUCACCAAAAUUACGUGGUGAUAAUGAUGAUAAACUUUUAGAAGUUAAUCUUUUUGAUAAAAAGUUAAGUAAUCCUGUAGGGAUUGCUGCUGGAUUAGAUAAAAAUGGUGAAAUUAUUGAUCCAUUAUUUGAUGUUGGAUUUGGUUAUGUUGAAAUUGGUUCAAUUACUCCAGUUCCUCAACCUGGUAAUCCAAAACCAAGAUUUUUCAGAUUACCAAAAGAUGAUGCAGUUAUUAAUAGAUAUGGUUUCAAUUCAAAUGGUCAUUUAGAUGUUGUUAUUAGAUUAAAAGAAAGAUUAGAAUCUUUUUUCAGAAAAAAUAAUGUUGAUUCUGUUCAAAAUAAUUCCCUUAGAGAUGGUAAAAUUUUAGCUAUAAAUUUAGGUAAAAAUAAAACAGGUGAUGAAGUUCAAGAUUAUUUAACUGGUGUGGAAAAUUUUAAUCAAUUCGCUGAUGUUUUAGUUAUUAAUGUUUCUUCUCCAAAUACCCCAGGUUUACGUAAUUUACAAGGUGAAGCAAAAUUAACAAAUUUAUUGAAAGAAGUUGUAAAUAAAAGAGAUUCUUUAAUUGAUGAACAUAAGAAAAAAACUCCAAUUUUGGUUAAAGUUGCACCAGAUUUAGAUGAAUCAGAAAUUAAAUCAAUUGUUUAUUCUGCAAAAGAAUCUAAAAUUAAUGGUAUAAUCGUGUCAAAUACUACAAUUCAAAGACCUGGUGAUUUAAAAUCAAGAUCUGAUUUAACUUCUCAAGUUGGUGGUCUUUCAGGUAAACCAUUAAAACCAUUAUCAUUAAAAGCUUUAAGAACUGCUGCUAAAUAUACAAAAGAUUCAGAUUUAAUUCUUGUUGGUUGUGGUGGUAUAAGUUCAGGUAAAGAUGUUUUAGAAUUUGGUAAAGCUGGUGCUAAAUAUGUUGAAUUAUAUACAAGUUUUGCUUAUAAAGGUCCUGGAUUAGUUUAUAAGAUUAAAAAAGAAUUAACUGAAGAAUUACAAAAAGAAGGUAAAACUUGGGAACAAAUUGUUGGUAGUGAUUUGAAAUAA